UUGCAGAUACUCGUGAUAUCACAGUACCAAGUGAAGAAGCGGAACAGAAACCAAGUGGAAGUGGGUCCACAGGCCCUUUCAAAAGGAUUGAAGAUGAAGGAGUGAAGUCUAAACUGGAUUUUUUGAGGGCAAAAUUCAUCGCCAGUAAAAAGAAGAUGAUUGGUACCACCUUCUCCAAAGAGAGUGAGAAACCAGAGUGUUUAGAAAUUCGCUUCUUGGAUCAAAAUGAGAAAAGGAUCCAACGAUUGUUCAAUGGAGUGGAUGCUUCUAUGAUAUUGAGAGUUGAGAAAGAUUCUUCGAUGGACAAUUGGAUGCAGAGUGUGGAAAACAAGUUCAAGACAUCAUUCACAAUGGUACCUAUGAGGUUGGAGGAUAAAACGUACACAGAGUUACCACGGGACCUUAAGUACCAAGAAUUAAAGAAGCGUUCAAAGGGGAAGAGAAAGUACCAUGGAUUUUACGUUAAAAUAUAUGCAAGGUCCAAGCAUUGAAUCAGAUAAUGUGUUGUCAGGAAGCGGGGUAAAUAAGCCAAAAAGUCAGCGCAUUGUCCUCUCUGACUCGGAAGACGAGUUUGAAGACCCUGAAAAGAAAUUGAAGACAGAAACCCCUAAAACAAGUACACCUGUUUGUACACCAUCCAAAGUGGUACAUGUAGCAGCUAUUGACGAAGAUCUACCCAUGCUUCAUUCUCCUUCAAAGAAAGAGAAGAGAACAUCCAGCCCUGGACAAUCAUCAAUUGAGAAAGACAGUGAAGAGCUGCCAGAUAUUCCUUUACCUAUGACAUUAAAGGAUACAGAUGCAUCUAUAUGUACAGAUGAUGAAGACUGGACAUCAAAUCUUGAAAAUAAGGUGGAUGAAGACAAUAUCCUGAAAGACUUUGAGGAAAUGAUGCAGAAAAAAAGAGAAAGGCAGUUGUUUGCAGAGAGCACCUUCAUCGACUUCCCGACGAAAGAGGAUGUCAGAAAAAAUCUGUGUGUUGUUUACGAAUGUCAUGGAGGUCUUGCGAUAAAUCGACCGUUUAAAUAUGGUGACACAGUCAAGAGUGUAUAUAGCUGGAUUAUACAACAAAUGGAUCCAGAAAUUCUUCCCCCGGUGUUCCAUUUAGAGUGCUCAUCCCCAACCAGUUGCCAGAACAAAGGAUGCCCCCAUAUAUAUGAAUUGGGCAACAGCUAUAAAGUUAAGGUAGAGGAGUUGCCGGAUGUCUUAUACCUUCGUGAAGGGUGUUUUGCUGUAAAUGAUACCUUUACUGGUCUUGGGGAUGUCCUGAUUUAGCCAGUCAGCAGCUUUCAGGAAUUUUGUGGCGGCCUUCUUUGCUUUACUUUUUGUAAUCAUUAGUUUUUUAGUAUUGUAACUGGAGUUUUUUUCGGGGGCGGUAAUGUGGCCACUCCAAUUACACUACAUUUAUAUAAUAUGAAAUACUGAAAUACUUUUUGUAUUUGUUAGUUUUUUUAGUA